AUGCUCCGCCUCGCGACCUCCUCGAGGCCCUUGUCGCCAUCAGUGCCGUCCCCGCUGCGCCCGACUCUUCUGCAAUGCCGCGCACUCCUCUCCACUAGCUCCAGUGACGAUACCGCUGUCUUCAAGGCCGCCAACGGGCAGCGCUUGAAUCGCUACAGUGCAGUGAUUACGCAAUCGAAAGCACGAGGCGCGUCCCAGGCCAUGCUCUAUGCCACGGGCUUGACUGAAGCGGACAUGGACAGGCCCCAAGUCGGUAUUGCGUCCAUGUGGUGGGAGGGGAAUCCGUGUAAUAUGCACCUAUUGGACCUCGCCCGUGACGUCAAGAAGGGCGUGACCGCUGCUGACCUCGUCGGUCUGUGCUUCAAUACAAUCGGGGUUAGUGACGGGAUCAGCAUGGGCACAGACGGGAUGAGCUACAGUCUCCAGUCGCGGGAGCUAAUUGCUGACUCAAUUGAAACCGUCAUGGGCGGACAGUGGUACGAUGGGAACAUCUGUAUUCCAGGAUGUGACAAAAACAUGCCCGGCUGUGUCAUUGCUAUGGCUCGCGUGAACCGCCCGUCGCUCAUGGUUUACGGGGGCACGAUCCGUGCUGGCUGUAGCUCGAAAGGCGAGCCUCUUGAUGUGGUCUCGGCCUUUCAAGCGUACGGAGAGUACCUGGCGGGACGAAUCACGGAAGAUGAACGUCAUGAUAUUAUUCGUCAUGCUUGUCCGGGUGCAGGGGCCUGUGGCGGCAUGUACACGGCCAAUACGAUGGCUACAGCAAUUGAGACCUUGGGUCUGAGUCUACCGUUCUCAUCGAGCUUCCCAGCUGAUUCGAUGGAAAAGAAACACGAGUGUCUGAGUGCUGGUCAAGCCAUGAAAGUGCUGUUGGAAAAAGAUAUCAAACCGCUGGAUAUUUUGAGCCGCAGGGCCUUUGAAAAUGCGAUUACAGUGACCAUGGCCUUAGGUGGUUCGACAAACGCGGUGCUGCACUUGAUUGCAAUUGCUCGGGCGGCCAAGAUUCCGCUGACGAUUGACGAUUUUGAAGACAUUAGUGAACGCGUGCCGUUUUUGGCUGAUUUGAAACCUAGCGGCAAGUAUGUCAUGGAGGACAUUCAUCGUGUUGGCGGUACGCCUGCUGUACUAAAGUACCUGAUGAAGCAGGGGUUGAUCGAUGGUGAUUGUUUGACUGUGACGGGCAAAACGUUGGGCGAAAAUCUCGCCGAAGUGGCGGAUCUUUCAGAUAACCACAAGAUUAUUCACCCUGUCGAUCGUCCGCUUAAGUCUAGCGGCCACUUGCGGAUUCUGCGCGGUGACCUGGCUCCAGAGGGCUCGGUGGCGAAGAUUACUGGCAAAGAAGGCCUUGUGUUUACAGGCACGGCAAAGGUGUACGAUUGUGAAGAGGACAUGAUGACAGGUCUGGAAAACAAUGAGGUCACGAAAGGCAGCGUCGUGAUCAUUCGCUACGAAGGCCCGAAGGGCGGUCCUGGCAUGCCUGAGAUGCUUGCGCCUACCUCGGCAAUCAUGGGAGCUGGUUUGGGUAAGGAUGUUGCCAUGCUCACUGACGGGCGCUUCUCGGGGGGCUCGCACGGAUUUAUCAUUGGUCACAUCACACCCGAGGCUCAGGUGGGUGGUCCAAUCGCGCUCGUCAAGGACGGCGACAAGAUCACGGUCGAUGCCGAGACAAACCGCAUUGACUUCAUUGACGUGUCCGCUGAAGUGCUAGCACAGCGCAAGAAGGAAUGGGUAGCUCCUCCGCUUAAAGCCACCCGUGGUACGCUGUACAAGUUUAUCAAGAACGUAAAGUCUGCUUCGGAAGGCUGUGUUACGGAUGAAUAA